AUCGCGAGGAGUGCGUUCGCAGCCACGAGAGGGUGAUCGCGUGCAGCGACUGUUAUCGUGCUGAGCGGUUUUAUCAAGUGACCUGGAAUGGAGGGUAGGGGAGACACUGCCGAGUGACAGGAGCUUGGGACAGAUUCCUUUUGAACGUAGAUUGUGACUAAUAACAGAGAGGAAAAUGAGUCGAUUUAUGAUGGAACUACCACUAAUGGGGAUUCUUUCAUCCAGUGGACAUCAUAUGUGCCUUCUGCGCUGCUGGUUCAGGGUCGCUCAUACCAGCAGAAGAAACGUAAAAAGCAUUUUUGUAAGGAGGUACAGCUCUCUUCCGGGUGAUAUUAAGUCAUUGCGAACCAUUAUCAGUCCGGACAUCUCGAGCAGAAUACGGAACAUCGGGAUCAUGGCUCAUAUCGAUGCAGGAAAAACUACAACCACGGAGAGAAUGCUUUAUUAUGCAGGAUACACCAGGGCAAUUGGAGAUGUUGAUGAUGGAGACACUGUGACUGAUUUUAUGGCACAGGAACGUGAGCGUGGAAUCACCAUCCAGUCAGCUGCUGUCACUUUUGACUGGAAAAACCAUCGGGUCAAUUUAAUAGAUACACCAGGUCAUGUGGAUUUCACGAUUGAGGUUGAACGCUCUCUACGUGUACUAGAUGGAGCAGUGGCAGUAUUUGAUGCUUCAGCUGGUGUAGAGGCGCAAACCUUGACUGUGUGGCGACAAGCGGACAAACAUCAAAUUCCUCGUAUAUGCUUCUUAAACAAGAUGGAUAAACCCAAAGCCAGUUUUUCGUAUUCCAUUGAAAGCAUUAAACAGAAACUAAAAGUGAAGCCACUUCUGCUGCAGCUGCCAGUUGGAACUGGGAAAACCUUUAAUGGGGUAGUUGACCUUGUCACAAAUGAAAAAGUUCUUUGGUGUCCAAAGUCCAUUGAUGAAGAUGAUGGCACAAUCUUUAGUCGGAAUCCUUUAACGCCAGCAGAUGACCAUAAGCUUUGGAAAGAAGCCAGAGAUGCAAGAUUUGCCCUCAUUGAACAAGUAGCAGAUUUGGAUGAUGAAUUUGCUGAAUUGGUUCUUGAAGAGUUAAGUGAAGAGCCAGAUGCAGUACCUGCUGCAAAAUUGAAUGCAGCAAUCCGCCGAAUCACAUUAGCACAAACAGCAAUGCCAGUUUUGUGUGGAAGUGCAUUGAAGAAUAAGGGUGUGCAGCUGUUAAUGGAUGCCAUCACAAAAUAUCUGCCAGCUCCGAAUGAGUGCAAGCUCGACUAUAUACGUUGUUAUGAGGAUGACCUGUGUGCCCUUGCUUUUAAAGUUGUUCAUGAUAAACAGCGUGGGCCUUUAGUGUUUGUCCGAAUCUACUCUGGUACAAUGAAACCUCAAUCAGCUGUUUACAAUAUCAAUAAAAACUGCAUAGAACGAAUGAGUCGUCUUUUAUUGCCAUUUGCUGACCAGCAAAUUGAGAUCCCUGCACUACAGGCUGGAAACAUUGCUUUAACUGUGGGGCUUAAACAAGCUGCAACUGGUGACACAAUAGUUUCAUCAAAAUCAGCAGCAGCAGCUGCAGCUCGUCGAGCAGGGAAGGAAUCUGGGAAAAAUGCCAUGGAACAGGAUGAUCCAGUGUUGGCUACUGUUGAGAUUCCAGAGCCAGUUUUCUUUUGCACAAUUGAACCACCAUCUAUGGCGAAACAACCAGAUUUGGACCAUGCUCUUGUCUGUCUCCAGCGGGAAGAUCCCAGUUUGAAAGUAAAGAUUGACCCGGAUUCUGGGCAGACUAUCUUAUGUGGAAUGGGGGAGCUGCACAUUGAGAUAAUCCAUGAUCGAAUUAAGAGAGAGUAUGGAAUUGAUGCAUAUCUUGGGCCUCUCCAGGUAGCCUACAGAGAAACUAUAACACAAUCUGCAAGUUCAAGUGAUACACUGGACAGAACAGUAGGGGAGAAACGUAACGUGGUAACAGCUGAAAUUUCAGUCCAUCCAUGGUUUGGAGAAGGAACAAUGUUAUUGCCCCUAAUUGAGAUUUCUGAUCCGAUAAUGGAGCAAUUUUCUAAAGAAACACUGCAUGCUGUAGAAAAUGGAAUUAAAACUUCAUGCCUGCAAGGUCCCCUACUAAGAUUCCCUGUUCAGGAUGUGGUGGUUGCACUACAGUCUCUAAGUGUACAUCCUGGAUCAUCUUUGGCAAUGAUUUCUGCCUGUGUGUCCCGGAGUGUGCAAAAGGCAUUAAAACAGGCUCGAAGUCAGGUGCUGGAACCUGUGAUGAGCCUGGAAAUCACAGUAGAUGAGAAGUACCUCAGUGUGGUGUUGGCAGAUCUGGCUCAGCGAAGAGGAAGCAUUCGAGAAAUUCAAAACCGUCAGGACAGCCGAGUUGCUUUGGCUUCUGUUCCACUCGCGGAAACGAUGGGUUACUCAACUGCCCUUCGCACUUUGACAUCGGGCAAUGCCACGUUUACUUUGGAGUUCUCCAACUAUGAGGCAAUGAAUCUACAAGAUCAAAACAUGCUUUUCAACAAGAUGAUGGGUAUGGUGUGAAAUCCUGUAGAACUUGUGAAGUUGACCAAAUGAAUGGUCAGAGUCUAAGAUUGAACACUAUGGGUGCGAUUUUAUUCCUUGAAUUGUUGAAUAAUCCAACUGCAGUAUGACAAGAAAGUUCAAACUUUGGAUGCAAAUCAUAGUGUUCAUGGGACGAUCACCACUUCUUUUUGGAAACAAAAGGCUCCUCCUUGGAGCUUCAUUUAAAACCAGAGCAGUCAGCACUUAGAUUUGAAACUUGUAUAUUUUGGACUUCAUUCAAGAAAAUCAUUGACAAGAGGACUUUAUGAUGAUGUGCCUGGUUUGGUGUGAAAUCAUGAGGCAGAUAAUGCAUCUUUAUCUGAAUUCAAGGAUCUACAGAGUUUAUUACUUAAGUUAUUGUACUGCCCUUAAGUUUAUAGGCCGAGAAAUUUUAUUAAAGUAAAAUUCAAGUAUAA